AUGACUUCCCUGGGCGCCCAGCUCCGCAGGGCUGCGUUCCUAGCAGCCGUCCUGCUGCUGCUGCGGGUGAAGGGGGUGAAGCCUCAGAAAGCGAGCCCAGCCCCCAGCGAGAGGCGUCAGGAGGAAGAAACGCUGGCUGCCGACCAGGAUCGAGAACAGUUUGAAGAGCACUUUGUGGCCUCCUCGGUGGGCGAGAUGCGCCAGGUAGUGGACAUGGCCCAGCAGGAGGACGACAGGACAUCAAAGACGGCGGCUCUCCGGGACCACCUGUUUGACUUCACCUUCUGCUUUAACCUGGCCAGCAUCAUGGUUUUUUUAUGAGGGAUGCUGAGGCGGAGGUGGCGGCCUGGUUCCUGGAUGAGGACCUGGAUAUCUACCUCCGCUUCAUGA